AUGUCCCGUCAUACCAUGCCUCUCCCUCGCAUCCCAGACCUGAGUCUCCCGUCUUUUCGAGAGCUCGACGAGUCUAUCGAAGCCAACAGGCGCAACCAACCCAGCUCGCAUCUUUCUAACGAUACGUGUUAUCGAACGGAAAACAGUUCCUCGUCUUCGCCACAAAAUAUCAAUACCAUUCCCAACCCGUACCCACCCUAUCCUGCUAAUGGAUGGCUUGUCCCACCUGACCCCAGCCAGAAUGUUUUUAGGCUUUCCGAGAGCCUGGAUUUACCUACCAAGAUGUGCGUGCAGAAUGAUACAUAUAUACGAGAAAGAGAGUAUUGUAAACAGCUGACAUCCAAACAGCAGGGCUCUGCCGGGGUGUUUCAACCUAGUGUGAACGUGGAAAGAGGUAAGGAAGAGAAAACAAGAACCUGCAUCUCAGGCCAAAAGUACAACUUACAAGGCCAUUCCACAGAGACAAAUCCCGCCCCUCAACUCUCCCUGCGCCUGAGGGAGCCUCAGCCACCACCAAGCCCCACGCAGUCGACUUUGAGCUCUGCGCAGACGACACUCCGCGGGCCGCUUUCUCCAAGCACCCCGAUAUCAUCAACCCCGGAGAAGAUUUUCCCCAAUCAGACUCGACAAAUCUUAACAAACAGGCAGCCACCUAACGAGCAGGUCCGCCGCCAAAGGGUGAACCGCGAUGCAGUCGCCAACCACCGAGCCCAGAGACGGCGAGUUGGCGUUCAUUUCUCUGAGGUGGCGGCACACACCGCAAAAUGCGAUGUAUGCAACAAGCGCAACAAGAACGGCAUGGCUCGUUGCCAGAACUGCGGAUGGCAAAUCUGUCGCAAGUGUCUGACUGAUCGAACCGGAGACCGAACACACGCUUCCUUUGGAGCGACUCAUGUCCCCGAGGGCGGCGGCGUUAUGCCAGUAUCUUUGCCAUCUGUGGAUGGAAAUCAAGACCGCCGAUCCUCCCAGUCAGUGGCAGAUAUGGCGGCUGCGCAAACCCUGCUGGAGCUUGUAUCUUUCCGCAAAGGAACUGGAACUCCUGGUAGCACCGGCGAGGUGGGAAGUAAAGCAGACAGACAGAAAGUGGCUGCACAUGGCCUACUUUUGCAGCGGCAGGUUGAUGCUUUGUCCACUGAUUCUGAUAUUACAUUGCCGGUUGUUGGAGAUGAGGAGUGGCCUCAGGAUGAGUCUGAUAUUCUCAUCGGCGAGGACGGCCUUCCCCUUGGGUACGUGAUAACACGGCGCAACCCUGCGCGUGCUGCGAGACCUUCUACGAAGAUGGCGGAGUAA